UUUACUGGUCUAAAUAAAUAGGAGUCUCUGGGCUGAGAACCCACAGUGUGGAUCUGAAGCUGGAGUCUGAACUCCACCUUGAGGCAGAAUGAGGUUCACCCCUGGAGCUCUGCUGCUUAUGCUGCUGGCCUUCAGCCUCUCUCCUAUCCAUGGUGUUCUGGAGACCAAUAACGUAAACUUAAAGUGUAAAUGCUUUCGAGAGACUGUCAACUAUCUCCCCAUUCAUCUCAUUGAAAGACUUCAAAUCUUCCCCCGUGGGCAUGGAUGUCCAUACACAGAAAUCAUAGUCCGGAUGAAGAAUCAGUCAGCUAUCUGCUUGAACCCUCAAGCCACGUGGACACAAACACUAAUCAAACUGUUAAGAAAACGUAAUUGGUCAAUUUCACCAGCUCCAGUGGUUAAGAGAAGGACUGCCUGAUGCCAAUGUUCUCAUCAAGGACACCUGUGUUCCCCCAUCAUUCGUGCUCUGGGUUUUAGUUUUGUGUUUGGUUGAAUCUUUUCCAGAAAAAGAUCUUCCCCACCUGCUUUAUUUUAAAAAUACGGUACCCUACAAACUCAGAGUUUGGAGGAGUCAUUAAGGAAGAAAGUUUCUUUAAGGCUAGUUCCUUCGUUAUAAAUGACAAAGAUUACUUUCAAUAAUACACCUGUUGUUGAAUGCUGAAUUUUGGAGGAAUUGAAUUAAGGAGGAAAUGAUGAAAUGCAUUUCAAUCGUUUUACACCUUAAGAAUAGCAAGCUUCCAUAAAAGAUUUAAAAAGCUGCCUGGGAAACCCAUGGAAUUUUAGCCUUACAAGAAACAGAGAAUUCACAUAAUAAACAUCCUUCAUUUAAAAGCUCACUGUUGAGAGAAAAAGGUUCUUCUACUUUUAAAGAGUUCCUUUAUAAGAUUUACUCUCAUAGAUAAAGCUAAGAACACUUAAAGAUCCCCAGACUUAAAUUCAUAAAAUUUUCAGGAAAAGCAUUUAAAAGAUGAUAUUUAGAUGUAUUGUUUCAUGCAUUUGCUUUGAUGAACUUUUUUUUAAAAUCACGUCUUUUGCACAGACUUUUUUUCUUUUUUCUUUUGGUCUUCAGUGUUCAAUUCUUUAAUGCUUUCUAUUAAUCUAAUGCUGUUCAAUAAACUUAAACAAAUGUUUUAUUUAACUAUGAGCAAUUCAUUCUUAAUGGAGCAUUUUUUCAGAGGUCUGCUCCUGACACCAUUUACCUCAGAUUAGGACUUGAAGCCAUGUGCUGGAACUCAAACCCAGGCAAAACCCAGUUUAGGACUGGAAUUCACAUGGCCAGGGCUUGAACCCAGCCAAAACCCAUGGUCUUCCAACAGAGAUCACAGACCUGGUUCAGGUUCUUGAUGUCUCAUAGCGGAAGAAUUCAGUGAGAGACUAAGUGGAUAGCUAAGAAGUGGAUUUAUUCAGAGAGAAACACACUCCACAGACAGAGUGUGGGCCAUGGCAGAGGGCAAGUCAGUGGUCCCAAAAUGUGGGUGGUUAGUUUUUAGGGGAUGGGUAAUUUCAUAGGCUAAUGCGUGGGAGGAUUAUUCCAACUGUUUUGGGGAAGGGAUGGAGAUUUGCAGGAGCUGCCCACGUUUUGGUCUUUUGACGGUGCCUUGGAACUGUCAUGGUGCUUCCAUUGUGUCAUGUAGCUUGCUGACUGAGGAUCAAGGUCCAGUUGAAGUUGACUUGUCUGCCAUCUUGGACCCAUGUGAUUCUGAUUGGUUUGUGUUGUGUCCGUGGGCUAUGUAAUUCUUUUAAAAGUUGUACCCUGCCUGCUUUCCUCCUGCUUCACUCCCAGAAUGCUCAGGCUCCAGGCUAUAUUUGGUUCCCUCUUUCAUUUUUUUAUUUUUAUUUUUAGAUUUAUUUUUACUAACGGUGUCUUGGGAGGGAGUAAAGAGUAUCUAUAAAUGCUACAUUUUCUGUUGUCCACAA